CUGUUCUUAGCCUACCGCCCACCGUUCUCAGACAAGCUACCUUUCACACAAUCCGACCAUUACCCUCCCGUCGGAGACACACACACGAAAGACAGGCUGAAAAACGGCUUGUCAUCCAUCGACCAUUCUCUGCCGUCACCUCCAUUUAUUUCAUUAACUAGCAGCGUCUCUCAUUCUCGACGUCGAGAAGGUCAUCUUCUCCGCCCUUCGCCACCACCCGCCCCCCGUCGUCCAUUCGGAGAGUCCGCCGCGCACAACCUUUAUCUACCACCCGUCGCCUCCGACCGGCACCUCACACCAGCACAACACUCAUUGACGCCCACAACCACUGCACUAUCCCGCCGCCAACAGCCACUGCACUAUCCCACUGCCAACAGCCGUCACUCACCUUGCCGUCGAAUAACAGUCUCUUCCUGUCACUGUGGUGAUGCACUGGCGACGUCUCCUCCUUUCCACAGCCACAUCCACCCGUACCAAUGCCGUUAUUCGGAUUGCGCCGUCAAUCGACGCUGGAAAACUUUCAACAGCCACCGGAAAUAUGAUAGCAAGGGUUGGGGAAGAAAGGAAUAUGGCAGACUGGUUGGGUUUGUUGGCGAUGCCGGCGAGGAGGAAGGGUUGUGUGUUGUCGGGAAAUUCUGA